CCAAGGACAUCCAAGGGACACCCAAGGGACACCCAAGGGACACCCAAGGGACACCCAAGGGACACCCAAGGGACACCCAAGGGACAUCCAAGGGACAUCCAAGGGACACCCAAGGGACACCCAAGGGACAUCCAAGGGACAUCCAAGGGAUAUCCAAGGGACAUCCAAGGACACCCAAGGGACACCCAAGGGACACCCAAGGGACACCCAAGGGACACCCAAGGGACACCCAAGGGACAUCCAAGGGACAUCCAAGGACACCCAAGGGACACCCAAGGGACAUGGGUGGGAUACCAUAAGGGAUGA